AUGCUAUUGAAAGCUAUAUGCAAGACAUCCUUUCGAACCCUGACAACCAAAUCAGUCCUCAGCAGCAAGCCUACCAGUGUAUUAGCACCUCUGCAACAGUACGCUCCUACAUUUUAUACGAGUGGAGACAAUAUAAAACCGCUCUAUCAACCAUCUGAUUUCUACUCGCAUCUAAAAUCUAGCAUAUUGUCUGCCAAAGAACGCGUGUUCAUCGCUGCCUUGUAUAUUGGCCAAAGUGAGCAAGAGCUAGUGGACACAUUGCGCCUUGCGUUGGAAAGGACACCCACGCUUCAAGUGGAUGUGUUGAUCGAUUGCCUUAGAGGAACAAGAGCUUCCAAAGGACAGAGCUCUGCAACCCUACUUUUGCCAUUAAUCAAGGACUACCCCAAUCAAAUCAACAUUGCCAUGUAUCAUACGCCUGAUCUCACUGGUAUUCUGAAAAAGACGUUGCCUCAGAGAUUCAAUGAGAGCAUUGGCUUGAUGCACUUGAAGGUGUAUGGAUUUGACAACUCUGUCAUGUUGAGCGGUGCCAAUCUAAGCACGGAUUACUUUACCAACCGCCAGGAUCGUUACAUGAUAUUCGACAAUCAGAAAGCACUGACCGGUUACUAUCAUGACCUGUUGAAAUUGGUGUCAGACUGUUCUUAUCAAUUGAAUUUGCCCCAGCGUCAGGAGCAAUCCUACUCGCUCACGAUCAAGGACGACACGGCGGAUCCAGUCAAGGACAGCAGACGAUACAGACGACAAGUGCAUCAGCGUUUACAGCAGUUUAUUCAAGCGCAAGAGGAAAAGGAGCACUGUGAGGAGGAUGGCAGCGCGGAUACGGCCGUGCUCCCUGUGAUUCAGAUGGGACCCUUUCACAUUCGCCAAGACGAACGACUCACUUUGGAGCUGCUCAACAUUGCUAAUCGUCAGCAAGACAAUCCUUGGACCAUUCAUCUCACGUCGGGAUACUUUAAUUUCACCGAGAAAUACAAGGCGUUUAUUCUAAAAACUCGUGCUCGUUUUAGAUUCUUGACAGCCUCACCCGAAGCCAACGGAUUCUUCAACUCCAAGGGCGUAUCCAGGUUUUUACCACCAGCAUAUACCUUUAUAGAACGGCAAUUUUAUAGACAAGUCAAGAGAGCAGGCAGACAAUCCGAAAUCUCGAUUGAAGAGUACAAGAGGCCAGGGUGGACGUAUCAUGCAAAGGGAUUGUGGGUGAAUUUGGGUGCGGACGAUACUUUGCCUUCAGCUACUAUGAUAGGAUCCCCUAAUUUUGGACAGAGAUCGAGCGAAAGAGAUUUGGAGGCACAGGCAUUGGUGAUUACAAAGAAUGAGAACCUAAGAAGGGCACUACACAAGGAGGUGGAUUUGCUACAUCAACAUUCUGAAGUCGUUUCUAAUGAAACGUUUGCUAAAUUAGACAGACAAGUGCCAAAUGGCGUCAAGAUAGCAACUGCCUUUGUUAAAACCAUGCUGUAA